AUACGCUUUCGACAUACACCAACACUCAUUAUAUUAUCAUUGAUAUCGAAAAAUCGAUAGCAAUAUUCAUCUUCCAAAAGCAAUCAACUUAACCAGAAGCUGAAUAUUGUUAGAAAUAUUACUAGAUGAAAGCAAAUUUUUCUUAAAAACCACCUAGCACUAGCAUCAACAUUUCACACUUUUACGGAGGUUCAAUUCAGCAACUCUCUUCCUGAUACUUCAUAAAAACUAAAUAAAAAAUGGGAAGAGAAAUCAUAACGAUUCAAGCCGGACAAUGCGGUAAUCAAAUUGGCUCUCAGUUUUGGCAACAACUGUGUCUUGAACAUGGUAUUAGUCCUGAUGGCACAUUAGAAAGUUAUGCUACGGAUGGUGUAGAUCGAAAAGAUGUCUUUUUUUAUCAAUCAGAUGAUAAUAGAUAUAUUCCAAGAGCACUUUUAAUUGAUCUUGAACCAAGGGUGGUAUCCAACAUCCUUGGAGAUACAUACGGGAAUUUAUAUAACCCGGAAAAUAUUUUAGUAACAAAAAACGGUGGUGGUGCUGGAAAUAAUUGGGCUCAUGGAUACUCUUAUGCAGACCGGAUCUUCGAAGAUAUCAUGGACAUGAUAGACCGUGAAGCUGACGGAAGCGAUUCUUUGGAAGGAUUUUCUCUUUUACAUUCUAUUGCUGGUGGUACAGGAUCAGGAUUGGGAUCAUAUUUGUUAGAACGGUUAAAUGAUAGAUUCCCGAAGAAAAUUGUCCAAACCUACUCUGUAUUUCCUAAUAAUCAGUCAGUUUCGGAUGUUGUUGUUCAACCAUAUAACAGUCUUCUUACACUCAAAAGGUUAACUCUCAACGCUGAUGCAGUUGUUGUUUUGGACAAUGCUGCACUGGCUCAUAUUGCUGCCGACCGUCUCCACAUCCAAAAUCCCACUUUUCAUCAACAAAAUCAAUUGGUUUCUACUGUGAUGUCUGCUAGUACCAAUACCCUUCGAUAUCCUGGUUACAUGAACAACGAUUUGGUCAGUAUUAUAGCUUCUUUGAUCCCAACUCCUCGCUGUCACUUUCUCUCUACAUCUUAUACCCCCUUUACGAACCAACAAGUGGAAGAAGCUAAAACCAUUCGAAAAACUACAGUUUUAGAAGUCAUGAGAAGGUUACUCCAACCAAAGAACCGAAUGGUCUCUGUUAACCCUAGUAAACAAAGUUGCUUUAUCAGUCUUUUGAACAUCAUUCAAGGAGAAGCUGAUCCCACUGAUGUACACAAGUCUCUUCUCCGUAUUCGUGAAAGGAAGCUUGCAACCUUUAUACCAUGGGGACCCGCAAGUAUCCAAGUUGCACUUUCCAAAAAGUCUCCGUAUAUAAAAACAAAUCAUCGUGUUAGCGGACUGAUGCUGGCAAAUCAUACAAGCAUCGCAUCGCUGUUCAAGAGGACUUUAGAUCAAUACGAUCGUUUACGAAAGCGGAAUGCUUUUCUUGACCAAUACAAAAAGGAGUCAAUUUUUGAAGAUAAUUUAGACGAAUUUGAUUCUUCAAGAGAGGUUGUCUCCAACUUGAUUCAAGAGUACGAGGCUUGUGAAAGCCCCAACUAUCUAUCCAUGUAAUGAUAUUUUAGGAUCUAGACUUUAUUUUUACCAAAAAAAAAUACAUACCCAAGGCAAACAGUAUUUAGCGAAUGAACUCGAUGAAUAUAUAAGACCAAACAUUUCCUAUUUAUAUAGACAGACAUUGAUUACACCAACCUAUGAAGUAAAGCAUUUUUACGUCUCUCCAGCAAAAUCCUUUCUACCUCUUCACGUGCAGGAAUGUGCUCGAUUACGAUGGGCUUCCAAUUCUCCAACGAAUGGGUUCUUUCUUGAGAUAAUCGUUCCAUUCUUUGAUCAGAUAUUGUUUUUUCGUAGUCCUGUAACGAGGCUUCUUCUUCCAAAGGCGUAUAACCAUAAUACCAAGCAUCGAGCUGUCGCUGUUGCAUCUCUUGUUUUCGCAAGCGUUCAGGUACAAAAGUCAUAUCAGCUUCAAAUAACUCUUUUACGCCAGGUAAUUCUCUAGCACGCCCAUAAUAGCGAUAAUCAUCGAUCUCACCGAUCUUCUCACCAUCAUCCGCAAAGAGUUUCGCUUUGCUGUAUAUAUAAUUUAUUCCUCCAAGAUCGCGAAUUUGAAUUUCCCAAGCAUGCUUCUCACGCAUCAAUUGAUUAAUAGCAUCAUUCAAAUCUCGAACUUGAUAGUCCGGCAAUUGAGCUUAUGUUGUGGUUAGUAUCGAUAAAAUUGAUUUCUUUUGUUGUACCUACCACUCUGAAUCUUAUUAAUUUUUUUUGAAAGGUCUUUAAUGACACUUUGUCGGUGUUUUUCACAGGUAGCUACUGAAUUUAUGUUUUUUAUAUUCCUAGGUCUUUUUUCCACAGGCUUGCUUCCGACCACAUACUAAGUAUUAAGUUGUUAGCCAGCAAGCGCUUCAAAUACAUGCGACUCCCAAACAUACCUGAUUUGAGGACAUGAUGAUAACAACUUUUUCCAAACGUUUACUUCACUACCAACCACAGACUUAGACUUCGACUUAACGUGAAACACAUAAAAAUUAAUCAAACAAAUAAUUUCUACAAGGCAAUUGUUUUGCUACGCAUAUGCAAACUCUGCUUCCCCUAUUUUCCCAAGGCAGUCGUUUACCUUUAUGAUCUGCUUCCACUUACAAGAUGUUCUCGUUAUAGUUAUUAUAUACAAUCGAGGGAAUAAGUAUAAUAGUAACAGUGCUUUUCAAUAGAAGAUUUCACACGGCUUCUUCCAUACUAUACCAAUUUCUGGUGGUUUCGUAUUGAUCUUUAGACACGCAAAGUCAAUAUAGUGAAGUACACUACACUGCGUCUUCAUUGCUAAACGGCUGCGAUGAAAGUUUAAACACCAUUUAGCGAAUUUAAAGCAAACGAC